UCUGCCUGCUCGGCAUUGAGAGGAUUGAAGUGGCAUUCUAAGGUCAUUUAAAAUCAUGACAAGCUCAGUCGGACAGAAAAAAGUCUCUUCAAGACAAAGGAAGUGUGGGUUUUGUAGAUCUAAUAAAGAUAAUGAAUGUGGACAAUUAUUGAUGUCAGAAAACCAGAAGGUGGCAGCACAUCACAAGUGUAUGCUGUUUUCAUCUGCACUGGUAUCUUCACACACUGAUAAUGAGAGUCUUGGUGGAUUCUCUAUUGAAGACAUUCAGAAAGAAAUAAAAAGAGGCACUAAACUGAUGUGCUCCCUGUGCCAUUGUCCUGGGGCAACCAUUGGAUGUGAUGUGAAAACGUGUCACAAGACGUAUCACUACUAUUGUGCUUUGCAUGAUAAAGCUCAGAUAAGAGAGAAACCAUCACAAGGCAUUUACAUGAUUUUAUGUCGAAAACACAAGAAAACAACGCAUAACUCUGAAG